CCGGAAGUGUCCGUUUCUGUUUUCACGUGUUGGUUGCAGGGAAAGAUGACGGACAGCGUUGCAUCGAAAAAGCCCAAAUUGUCCUCUUCUCAGGGCGAGGACAGAGUAGAUUGGAAGAAAUGGAAAGCGGAACGAAAAGAGAUCAAGAAGCAAAUCAAAGAAUCCAAGCUUAUUCAUCAACUUGACAAGCAGAAGCAAGAGGAGGAGGAGAAGACUGAGGCAGCACUGCAGCAGAGUCAGAGGGAAAACCGAUCAGGACGGUCGUACACAGUGAGCGUGGCCUUGCCUGGUUCUGUCCUGGACAAUGCCCAGUCUACAGAACUCCGCACAUACCUGGCUGGACAGAUAGCCAGAGCCUGCGUCGUGUUCUGUGUCGACGAGAUCAUCAUAUUUGACGAACAAGAUGAGGAUGUCAAGACUGUUGCGGGAGAAUUCAAUGGUGUCGGCAAGAAGGGUCAAGCCUGCAUUCAACUGGCUAGAAUCCUCCAGUUCUUGGAAUGCCCACAGUACCUGCGCAAAUCAUUCUUCCCAAUGCAUAAAGAUUUACAGUAUGCCGGCUUGCUCAACCCUCUGGACAGCCCUCACCACAUGAGGAAGGAUGAUGAGUGUGAGUACCGGGAGGGGGUGGUCCUCGAUCGGCCUAGCAAACCAGGAAAAGGCUCCUUAGUCAACUGUGGAAUGUGGAAGGAGGUGCAGAUAGAUAAGCAGCUACAGUCUGGUCUCAGAGUCACUGUCCACAUGAACAAGAUCCAGAAUAAAGAUGGUAGACUACACAAAGGGGUGGUGGUGGCGCCUCACAAGCCGCGAACAGAGGGUGGUCUGUACUGGGGCUACAGUGUUCGCCUGGCCUCAAGUCUAAGUAAUGUGUUCACCGAGUGUCCACAUAAAGAGGGCUAUGAUCUGACCAUUGGAACAUCUGAGAAAGGCAGUGAUGUUGACAAAACUUCUCUUUCUCCAUUCAAGCACAUGUUGGUUGUGUUUGGUGGUCUGCAGGGCUUGGAGGCCAGUGUGGACGCUGAUCAGAACCUGGAGGUGACGGACCCCGGUGUCCUAUUUGACCUGUACCUCAACACCUGCCCCAACCAGGGCAGCAGAACCAUCCGCACAGAGGAGGCCAUCCUGAUCUCCAUGUCCAGCCUGAGGCAGAAAAUCACAGCCGCAUUUCCAGACAAGUCGAACGGUUCAUAACAGGAAGUGGCUACUGACAAACCAUCACAAAGAGGAAGACUAAAGGAUCUAAAAAUAAUUCACUUUUUUUGGGGAACUGGGUGAAGCUAACUGACCCAGGAGUCAAUUUAAUAUUUAAAUACUUCUGGGUUCGAAUGAAUGGACAUUGCUGGGAUUAAUAAUUAUUAUUAUUCUGUGCUGUUUUUUUUAUUUAUUCAAGGGUAAGAGAUCACAGCACAAGUGAAGAAGAACCUAGUGUCUUGGCCAUGAGACCUCAUUCUUGGUGUUUCCUUAUUUACAUCCUCUCUCUUUGGUAGCAUUUUGCUAGUUAAAGCUAAUGCUAGCUUUGCUCUGUUUCUACUAUCCCCUCUGUAUAGGAUUCCAGGUGAAUUAAGUCAUUUAUAUGCAUCAGUUUGUAAUUUGUUCUCAAGACGCAUUACAGAACAUACGUGAAGAAUAAGUUGCUGAACACAAUGCUUGGGGUCAAGCAUGAUGACGAGGCAACGUUCGUCCAUGUCGUGGUUAGACAGGAUAAAACUACUUGGUAUCUAAUAUAGCACAUUUGUGUGAAUGCCUUACAGAAGCUCACACCCCUACAUUCAACAGGCAUGGUGUGAAUCCAUUGGCUUGGCACGAGCCAACCUACAGCGCUAUAAAUGUAAGCUUGUGUUCUGAUGUUGGUAUAUUAACACUGAGCCAUUAAAGGUUAGAUUGGAUACGGUAAUGCUACAAACAACAUGUCACUGAUAACUUUAGCCAUACUGUCUGUAAGCAUAUAAAGGUCUCAAAUGAAUUCCUUUAAAGCGUUGAAACAAGUGUACUCCCACUGUUUCACUAAGGGAUGGAGAAAUGUAACCACUCAUUCAUAGAGCUAUGGAUGCAAGGACUGAACACGAUAUAAAAAUGAGUUUUUGCUUUGAGGUUAUACAGUAUUUGUUUACAAACAUUGGAGUAAAACAAGUUUAUAUUUUCAGUUCUGAUGGGGUAAGAAAGUUGAACAAAGCUCAAGUUAUAUUCCUCAAGUUCAAAAAAUUGAUGUAGCUACUGCAGAUUUCCCCUUUAAAACUUCUUGAAUAAUACAAUCUUCCCUCAAUUUGUAAAGUUGACAUUAUCUUGUUAUGUGAGGGCUUUUGAGGACAUUUAACAAAAGCAUUAUAAACAUGUAAAAAUACAUAUUUAAAUAUCAAUUAAUUUGUUUAUUUACAAUAAAUAUUUUUGCAGUUGCCCUCUUCAAACUUCCUUGCCAAACACAGGAAAUACCGUAUUUACAAAAUCCCUUUUUUUUUGAUUUUGUACUGUAAAAAAAAAAAAAGCCCAUUCAGAAUGUAUAUUAAUGUUUACAAACUAAGCUCAGGUUCAUCACAGAGCUACAGAAAUGGCUGCCAUUCGGAGAAGGGGACACAGAAA